AAUAAUUAUUUUUCUCAACCAUCAUUAAAAAUGCUCCCAAAAUCGUCGAGAAACGCCAGAUUAAGUUGGAUGACUUAGCAUCUGAAAAGAUAAUUUCUACGUGAAAUACCUACUGUCUUAAAUCCAGUGAUGAGGCUUUUGUUUUAUAGAAACAGAGUUUACAGAGAAGUAUAAAUCUAAAGCAGUUAAAAACGUGAGUUCGGAAGCCCUAAUUCUUCUGAAAAUAUUACCGUAAAACAAGGAAGAAGCUCGAACUCUUAUGGACAGAAUUUUUUUAAUUUUUUAUGGUUUAGGUAGUAUUUCCAAUUAUCCAUUCAUUUUAUUUUAGUAGUGCUUUAAAAAUUAAGCAAGCCAAGAGUUGCAGUGAUGGCGAGCCCGAUGGGGGGCGCGGCAAACCCAAUCAACACAACCGCAGCUGCACAAUCUACAUCCUUGCAGCGCCUUUACCAUGUCGAGAAGAGGAUAGUGCAUGCCUUAGAGUUAGCAGGCGGCGUGAUGGAAGAGCUAGCAAAUGCCUCAGGACCCAAGAUGGACGGCAUCAAUGCUAAUUGCCGUGAGUUUAUGCAGUCUAUUAAGGACAUCCAAGUUACACUGCGAGAGGAAAUCAAGAGCAUGUGUGAAUAUCGGCCGUUUGAGAACUGUGACUACGUUUCUCGUACAACCGCUGAAAUCAGUUGCAAGAAACUUGAUUGUGUUGUUGGACAGUUGGAUGACAUGGAAACAACUAUCAAACAAUAUAAUUCGUCUCAAAUAAUUUCAGAAAAUGGUGAUAUUUUGCCAGGGGUUUUGAAAAAAUUCGGGAAAAAAAUAAAAUCUCUGACGAAUCAAAAGGAAAGACAAGGAAAAAUUAAAAGACGUUUCUUAAUGUUUGCAUUUAGACAUAUCUGCACGAACAAAAUUGCAGGUGGCAUUCUUAAAACAAUUUACAUGCCUUGUCUGUGCUGCUACAUUUUGCUUACAUGCCUUUGCAAGCAUAUGCAACAAAAACAUCUGACUAAAAUCCUUCUUCCUUUAUUCUUUGAACGAUGUUCCAAAGCUUCCAUUUCAGCACAGAUAGGCAGGAAUGUUGAUGAAAAUUGCAAGCUUCAGCUUUAGAGCUCCCAGUUGCAUUCGCUUGUAUGUUUGUAAAGCUUAUAAAAAAAUUCUAUUUUGUGCA